AUGCAAAUCGUGCAAGUCCGUCUCAAAAACUCGACAUUGCCUUUAAUUCCCAGCGCCAUCAUUCUUGGCGCUGCCCUUUUCUUGGCAGCAUUGCAGGCGAUGUUCCCUUCCACAUAUACUCCGCCGCACGUCACGUUAGUCCAGGAGCCGAGCGAGGCUGUCGUGGGGCUGUGUUUACUCUCACAGGACUUGGCCAACUACUUCAUGGUCAACGCCGCGACCUCACAACCAGACCAUUCCGGCGCCGACAGCAGAGGCCGACAGCAAGAACCAACCCUCUUCAGCAUCCUUAAGCUUGAUCCAUUCAAGCCCCCAUUCGAUGAGGCUAAAAAGGCAUGCGACAACCUCAAGCACUAUAACAGAAAUGUUAAGGAAACCGUAUUCCAAGCCGGCUACAAAGCCGUGUGGCAAGAGUCUCGCCUUCAUUGGGAAAGUAGAAGGGCCUUUGCUAUCCUUGUUCAGGCAGCAAUAAAUGGACUGAUAACCGAGGAUACCCGGUGUAUCUACAUGGAUUGGCUUGAGCGGAAGAACAAAGGGGGCACCAAGAAGCAAGCGAACGACGGGUUUCAUCAUGUUGACUGGAAGCAGAAAUGCAAGGGUAUUCUCCCCGGCCUUUGA